UCCGACGUCAUUUCCGGCGGCGAUGACGCACGAACACAUGUAAACAAAAUGGCGGCGCCUGUGCGGCUGUUCGGUGUAGCGGGAGGACAUCUGUUAAAGAACCUGCUGAAGACAGGUCCAGUUACACAGCAUUUCCGCCAGCGGGCCUCACAAGCUGCAGCUCAGGUAGCGCUCAAUGUCCCGGAGACAAAGUUAACCACGCUGUCCAACGGCCUCCGAGUGACGUCUGAGGAUUCUGGACUUCCAACCUGCACGGUCGGUCUGUGGAUCGAUGCUGGGAGUCGGUACGAGAACGACAGGAACAAUGGCACGGCCCACUUCCUGGAGCACAUGGCCUUCAAGGGCACGAGGAAGCGUUCACAGCUGGACCUGGAGCUUGAGAUCGAGAACAUGGGAGCGCACUUGAAUGCUUACACCUCCCGAGAGCAGACAGUGUAUUACGCCAAAGCCUUUUCUAAAGAUCUUCCCAGAGCCGUGGAGAUUCUUGCCGACAUCAUCCAGAACAGCAUGCUGGGCGAAGCGGAGAUCGAGCGAGAGCGUGGAGUCAUUCUUCGAGAGAUGCAGGAAGUGGAGACCAACCUACAGGAAGUGGUCUUCGACUAUCUGCAUGCUACAGCGUACCAGGACACAGCUUUGGGAAGAACCAUUCUUGGACCUGCAGAGAACAUCAGAACUAUAAACAGGGCUGACCUAGUGGAGUAUAUUACAACUCACUACAAGGGGCCAAGGAUUGUGCUUGCAGCCGCUGGAGGAGUGUCCCACACUGAACUCAUUGAUUUGGCUACGUAUCACUUUGGAAAGCUUCCAGCCAGGUACAGAGACGAGGCUCCAGCAUUACCACCGUGCAGAUUCACAGGAAGUGAGAUCCGAGUCCGGGAUAACAAGAUGCCGCUGGCUCACAUAGCGAUCGCGGUGGAGGCGGUGGGUUGGUCCCACCCAGACACCAUCCCUCUCAUGGUGGCCAACACGCUUAUCGGGAACUGGGACCGCUCGUUCGGCGGCGGAGUGAACCUGUCGAGCAGACUAGCGCAGAUGGCAUGUCAGGGGAACCUGUGCCACAGCUUCCAGUCGUUUAACACCUGCUACACGGACACAGGGCUGUGGGGAAUCUACACCGUGUGUGAGCCGAACACCGUCAGCGACAUGCUGCACUUUACACAGCUCGAGUGGACGUCCCUGUGCACGAGUGUGACCGAGAGUGAAGUAGCGAGAGCAAAGAAUCUCCUGAAGACCAACAUGCUGCUUCAUUUAGAUGGUUCCACACCCAUUUGUGAAGACAUCGGGAGGCAGAUGUUGUGCUACGGACGCAGAAUUCCGUUGCAUGAACUAGAGGCCAGAAUAGACGCCAUCAACGCAGACACAAUCAAAGAAGUAUGUACUAAAUACAUUUACAACAAAGCUCCAGCUAUCGCAGCUGUCGGGCCGAUCGAUCAGCUUGCAGACUACAACCAGAUCAGAAGUGGGAUGUGCUGGAUGAGGACCUGAGCGAAACAAGGAGACGUUCAUGCAAAAUCACAAACCAGGAUGAUUUGCUCUUUUUUUCUCUUUUAUUAUAAAAUAAAGAACACAAUAACAUUAAAAGAACAUGAGGUUGAGUAUGGA